AUGUCCGUCAAAUUAAGUGAAUUGUUCACCACUGCAAUUCGGCCAACGUCAUGUCCUGAAUUACAAGACAUGCAAACGAUCGCUUCUGUCAUCGAAAAGAUACCAAACGCGUCGGUAAGUUUUCGACAUCAAAUCGAGCAAAAGAUGAAAUUAUACAUCCAGUCGAAAAUGACUGUCCAUGAGAUGAUGAAUACAUUACUCUUAGCGAAUUAUGUGGUUCAGAACUCGCCUACAUUCAGAACACAAGUCUGUGAGUUGUCGUUUCUUACACUUCUCCAACAAGUUGGGAAGAUGAGGAAAGUGCAUACGGAGACCGACGAAGUCGAAGAUAAAGUUCGAGAAUUGAUAGCCGUCUGGGGGUGCUUCUACCCAAAUGAAUUGUCCGAAUACGCCGUGUUGUAUCAGAAAUAUUUAGAACUUGGUGUUAUUAAUCCAUUGAGUAAACCAACCAUCUUGCUACCCAAUGAAAUCACACGACUUGUCCCUCAUGUGGAACACAACCUAAGAAAUGUGGCAAGAGCUCUUCAAGAUAAAUUAGAUAUGCAGAAUGUACUUAGACAUGCCGUCAAGAUCCAAGUGAAAUAUGAGAAACAAGUCGAGAAGUGCUUUGGUGAUAUUAAGUCGUAUGAUGCUCAGAAACUCUACGAGUUAGAGCAACUGAAUGUCCGCUUAAGAAAUUCAAUUGCCGAAUUGAAGGGAGAAGUUAUUAAAAGUGGAGAAACUGAGGUUGUCUGUGAAUCGACAUCAAUGAAAGAACCAUGUCUAGAAUGUCCCACUCAAACAAUAUCAUUAUUGAACAAACGAUCUAUUGUAGGGAGUCGCGCAGUGUUACACUUUCGAGGUGAUUCUUUGAAGACGACCAAAUUUGUUAGCCGAGAAAUGAAGGUCGACAACAGAGAGGACAGUAAGAGAAAUGUAAUUUCACCAAUCAAAAUGUCUCGCAAUGUUUCUUCUGAAGUGUUUGUAUUUGAUGAGGAGAUGGAUGUGACUGAUGGAAAAAGAGGAGUUUCAAGCUUUUUUUGA